UACCUAUGAAAGCCUCUGAAUAAAACAGAAGGUUAGAGGAGGAGUUCAUCAUCAAGGUCCAAACGAGAUCGGAGUGUUGGAGUUUCAGGGAUUGUGAAAGAUGAUAAAGGCAGUGAUGAUGAUGAACACACAAGGCAAGCCACGCCUAGCCAAAUUCUACGACUUCUUGCCUGUAGAGAAGCAACAAGAGCUCAUCCGCGGCGUGUUCUCAGUGUUGAGCAGCAGACCUGAGAACGUAAGCAACUUUCUGGAGAUUGAUUCAUUGUUUGGUCCGGAUUCUCGGCUUGUGUACAAACACUAUGCUACUCUCUACUUCGUGCUUGUAUUUGAUGGAUCAGAAAAUGAGCUUGCUAUGCUUGAUCUCAUUCAAGUUCUUGUUGAAACACUGGACAAAUGCUUCAGCAAUGUUUGUGAACUCGACAUUGUGUUCAACUACAGCAAGAUGCACACAGUGUUAGAUGAGAUUGUGUUUGGAGGACAGGUACUGGAAACUAGGUCCGAUGAAGUCAUGAAGGCUGUUGAAGAAAUAUCAAAAUCAGAGGCUGCCUCAAACUCGAUUUCACUUGUCCCCAAGUCUGUUUCCGGGUGGCGAGGAGGCCGAUAGCUUCAAAACUUGCCUGAACCGUGACAGACAACAAUUCAGAUUCCAAACUAUUUUAAAAAUGUUUUUUUUUUCAGGUCUCGAAAAAUACUUCAUCACACUUUGUAACUCGUUUCAUCUUUUUGGUGUUUUGUUCAUAUGACAUUGUUUUCUCCUUUUGACUCUUGUCCUGCGAGUCCGAGCGUUUAAUGUUUGCUUGAAAAUGAGAGUCAAUGCACCUGAAAGUCUGUGAAUUUCCUUGCUUUA